AAAAAAAAGGAAUAAUAAUGAGACUUGGAGGGCCGAACUGCAAUUAGAGAUAAGCUAUUUAAAAAUAGCCAACCAAAGAUGGAGGACUAAUCUUGUCAAGUGGUUUAAAGUUGAAAUUAAUUCUCAACUCAUGAGAAAAAAGAAGCAGAUCCAUGAUUCGUUGACCAUUUAUAAUAUUUGGUGACUACCUUUUAGUCUAUGCAAGCCCACUUCAACUUUUUAUGUGAUUCGCUGCCAAGGCCCAGCUCGGAAACAAUUUUGGUUGACAUAAAAUUAUAUAAGGCAGCUAUUAUUCGAGAGAGGGGGGGAUAUCAUCAUUCAACCUACCGUGACGGCAGAAUUUCUUCUGGGAGGAAGAACUCUACGGACGAAGCAAGGCAACAGCAGACGCAAACGAGAGGCAUAGAAGAAGGUGACAAGCUGUUUGUGAUUGAAGAUUGCAACCCGGACCACCCGAAUUUUUUGCUUCAUCUGAACCCGAACGAGAGUUGUUUGAGCGUCUUAGCCAGCAUCAGAAGCGUAUUAGUAGGAUCACCGACAAAAAGGUACUCAUUCCUAUUCCUUUUCCUACAGUUGCUAUGGGUGAUAAUCCUGCUAGACGCACUGUGAACCAGCAUGCCACUGAAGGCUUCACCGGAGGCCGAACUUCCAUCACGACACCCGAAGCACCCGCUAACCAGAAUUGGCAGAUCCCUUCCCAUAUCAUGACCACAAUUUCUAAUAGUGCUCAAUUCCACGGUCUGGAGGACGAGGAUGCACCAGGCCACAUCACCCGAUUCUUGCGUAUUUGUAGCACCUUCAAUCUUCAUGGUGUUACCGCUGAUGCAGUUUAUCUGCGCUUGUUUCCCUUUUCCCUUUCUGGUCGGGCUGCAACUUGGCUCGACACUUUGCCUCAAAAUUCUAUCACUACUUGGGAGAUUCUGAAAUCAAAAUUCUACAAGAAGUAUUACCCUCCAUCCAAGGCCGCACGCCUUCGAGACCAGAUCCAUUCGUUCCGUAUGGAUCCCGAUGAGCCUUACUACAUGGCAUGGGAGCGAUUCCAAACCUUGCUUAGCAAGUGCCCCCAACAUGGUCUUUCUGAAUGGGCUCUAGUGGAGAAAUUUUAUAAUGGUCUCACUCCUGAUACUCAACUGAUGUUUAAUACUGCCGCUGGAGGUUGUAUCAUGGACAAAAAGGACCCAACUGAGUGUGAGGAAAUGUUUGAGAGUUUUGCUAUGGCCGGUCAGCAGAGCCAUCCUGCGAGGAAUUCCAUUCCUUCUACUAGGACCACCUCCUCUGCUAAAGGUGUGUAUCAGGUCACUCCUGACACUAGUUUGGCUGCUGAGUUAGAGGCUUUGAAGAGGGAGAUGAGGGAGAUGAAGUUGAAGGAGCGGAAGUGUGAGAUAUGUCGUGGAGGACAUGAGACAGUUGAUUGCCCCGUGAGAUCACAAGAAGAGGUCGACUAUAUUUCCAACCCGAAUAAUCAUUUCCAAAAUGCUUCAUUUAAUAAUUCUUAUAAUUCGGGUUGGAAAAAUCAAUCCAACUGGAGGUCGGGAGGAAACCCGCCAGGGUUCCAACAGCAAUCUUCGAGUGGAUCAUCAUCUGGUACUGAGUUCAAGGAGCUGAAGGACAUUCUACUUGCUCAAAGUCAACAGCUGAACCAGUAUAUGACUUCGAAUAAUCAGCGACACGAGGAGCACGAUCGUAUGUUUAAAAAUCAGGGAGCUUCGCUGCAGAAUUUGGAGAGACAAAUGGGGGAGAUGGCGAGACAGUUACAGCAGAGGCCACAAGGUGGAUUACCGGGUAACAUCGUUCCUAAUCCUAAUUCUCAUGCUCAUGCUAAAGCUGUCAUGACUCGGAGUGGCAGAGGGGCCACAGUUGAUCAACCGGUGGUAGAUGAAGAGCCGGUUGAUGAGGAGAUAGAGAUGGAGACUCCCACUGGCAAAGUGCAACCCAGGCUAGCCCCAGCAAGUACCGCACAGUCCAGUGAGUCUCAGAAGAAGAAGAAGGAGCCCAUUCGUGAUUAUUCAUCUAUUCCUUUUCCGGGCAGAUUUAAGAGAGAGAAGGAAGCGGAGCAGUUCUCAAGAUUCUUAGGUUUGUUUAAGCAGCUCCAUAUUAAUCUUCCUUUCGUAGAGGCUCUAGCGCAAAUGCCCAAGUAUGCCAAAUUCCUGAAGGACAUUCUUAGUAAUAAGAAGAAGUUAGAGGAGUUAUCACAUGUGUCCUUGAGUGAAGAGUGCUCGGCAGUUCUUCAGAAUCGUCUUCCCAAGAAGAUGACUGAUCCGGGAAGCUUUACUAUUCCAUGCUUGAUUGGUGAUCUAUCAGUCAGCAAUGCUUUGGCCGACCUGGGAGCUAGCAUAAAUUUGAUGCCCUAUGCAGUGUUUGCUAAGCUCAACCUAGGCGAGCCUUCUCCUACUCGUAUGAGUCUCCAGCUCGCGGAUCGGUCAGUGAAAUAUCCGCGAGGGAUUGUGGAGAACAUGUUAGUGAAAGUCGACAAGUUUGUCUUCCCUGUUGACUUUGUGAUCUUAGACAUGGAUGAGGAUGCUCAUGUACCAUUGAUUCUAGGUCGACCAUUCCUAGCUACCGCGAGAGCAUUGAUUGAUGUUUAUGAUGGUAAGCUAACACUUCGCGUAGAGGAUGACAUGGUCACUUUUGAUAUCAAUAGGUCGAUGACUCAUCCUAGAGAGCACGACGAUACUCUCUACUUCGUUGACACCAUCAUGUCACAUGUGGGUCAUUGCUUGAGUAAGGUUUGUGGGCGUGAUGCUUCGGACACGCAGAUUCUGGACACGUUUAUCCCGGAGGUUGAGAUGACUACUACAUCAUAUGGGGAGUCCGAGAGUCAUUCUGAGGUUUUUGAGGUAGUUGAGAGGAAGGAGCCUGAGGAGAGGCCAUCUGUGGAGAGUCCCCCGUCCCUGGAGCUGAAAGAUUUGCCAUCUCAUCUGGAGUAUGCCUUUCUGGAUGACGGUUCUCAGUUACCUGUCAUCAUCUCUUCAGAGUUGACAGAGGAGGAGAAGACGAAGUUGAUGGGUGUGCUUAAGGCACACAAGCAGGCGAUCGCGUGGAAGCUCGUUGACAUAAAGGGUAUUAACCCUUCGUUCUGCACACAUAAGAUUCUGAUGGAGGAUGAGUUUAAGCCCGUAGUUCAGCCGCAGCGUCGACUAAACCCAAACAUGCAGGAUGUGGUAAAGAAGGAGGUGAUAAAAUUGUUAGAUGCAGGCCUGAUUUACCCAAUCUCUGAUUCUGCAUGGGUUAGUCCAGUUCAGGUGGUGCCUAAGAAAGGAGGCAUGACAGUGGUUCCGAAUGAGAGGAACGAGUUGAUUCCCACAAGGACUGUUACAGGCUGGAGAGUCUGCAUCGACUAUCGUAGACUUAAUGACGCCACGAGGAAAGACCACUUUCCUCUUCCUUUCAUUGAUCAGAUGCUGGAGCGUCUAUCAGGGCAGCAGUUCUACUGCUUCCUUGAUGGCUUCUCAGGUUAUUUCCAGAUCCCCAUUGCACCGGAGGAUCAGGAGAAAACCACUUUUACAUGCCCGUACGGUACCUUUGCUUAUCGCCGUAUGCCUUUCGGGUUAUGUAAUGCUCCAGCCACAUUUCAGCGUUGUAUGGUGGCGAUAUUUCAUGAUAUGAUCGAGGACUCGAUGGAGGUAUUUAUGGAUGAUUUUUCUGUUUUUAGGAGUUCCUUUGAUCAGUGUUUGCGAAAUCUUGAUCGUAUGUUGGCUCGAUGUGAGGAGACAAAUUUGAUGUUGAACUGGGAGAAAUGCCACUUCAUGGUGAAGGAGGGCAUAGUUUUGGGUCAUAAGAUUUCACGGGCGGGUAUUGAGGUCGAUAGAGCUAAAAUCGACGCGAUUUCUAGACUUCCACCGCCAACUUCUGUGAAGUCUGUUCGUAGUUUUCUAGGCCACGCGGGAUUUUACCGUCGGUUCAUCCGUGAUUUUUCUAAGAUUGCGAGGCCUAUGACCCGGUUAUUGGAGAAGGAUGUUCCCUUCGAUUUUUCUGAGGAGUGUGUGAGGGCGUUUGAGUUUCUUAAGGAGAAAUUAGUGAGUGCGCCGAUUCUUAUUGCUCCCGAUUGGAGUCUUCCUUUUGAGAUUAUGUGUGACGCGAGCGAUUUCGCGGUUGGAGCUAUUCUAGGACAGCGUAGAGAGAAGCGAUUUCAUCCGAUUUACUAUGCGAGCAAGACCCUGAAUGACGCCCAGGAGCAUUAUACCACCACGGAGAAAGAGCUCCUGGCAGUUGUCUUUGCUCUCGAUAAAUUUCGUUCCUACCUGGUUCUUUCUAAAGUCGUCGUCUACACCGAUCACGCGGCAUUGAGGCAUUUGUUUGCGAAGAAAGAUGCGAAACCGCGCUUGAUUCGGUGGAUUCUACUCUUGCAGGAGUUUGAUCUUGAGAUUCGGGAUAAGAAGGGAGCCGAAAACGUUGCAGCAGAUCAUUUGUCUAGACUUGAGAAUCUCGAGAGUGAUGAGAGUGAUGAGGAUGAGAUUGGCGAUAGUUUUCCUCAUGAGACUUUGAUGUUUGUGAAACCCGAGGAUGAGGGAAUGCUUUGGUAUGCUGAUAUAGUGAAUUAUUUAAAGGAGAAGGUGAUACAGCCGGAGAUGUCUUUCCAUCAGAGGAGGAAGCUGAUAGCGGACUCGAAGUACUACUUCUGGGAUGAUCCGCAUCUUUUUCGUGUUGGAGUUGAUCAGGUUGUGAGGAGAUGUAUUGCUGGAGAGGAGCGUAUGCAGGUUCUCAGGCAUUGUCACGAGGGGCCUACCGGAGGACAUUAUGGAGCUUCUUACACCGCGAGGAAGGUGUUGGAUUCUGGAUUCUAUUGGCCGACAGUGUUUCGAGAUGCUCAUGAGUUGGUUAGGAGUUGUGAUGCUUGUCAGAGAGUAGGUAAUAUCUCAUCCCGAAAUGAGAUGCCCCAAAAUCCGAUGCAGGUAGUGGAGGUUUUUGAUAUAUGGGGUAUUGAUUUCAUGGGUCCGUUCCCGAUGUCUCGAGGGAACCGAUACAUCCUCGUUGCUAUAGAUUAUGUGUCGAAAUGGGUGGAGGCUUAAGCCUUGCCUAAAAAUGAUGCGAGGG